AUGUCUCUCCUGCUGAUCGUCAUACUAGCACUUCUCCUGUUUCUGCUCCUAUCUGUUCUACUCUUCAGAUGGUUAAUAUGCAGCCUGGCGGUACGGUUCUUCCACAACACACUGAACGCUGAGCUGAAGAUCAAAUCAGUAGGGCUCUUUUCAGUGCAUGGAAUAAGUAUCCAGUUUCAGCCCCAGCACACUCUGGAAAUAGACAGGAUAUGGAUUUCAAGCAAACUUUUAAACCAGAACCUGCCGAGGUGCCUGGCUUUGUGUGUGGGCGAGACCAGAGUGAGAGUGGACUUGCAGCAGCCUCUAAGACCUCGGGCGCCUAAGAGCCGUGAUGGAGGAGAUUCAGGGAAGGUUCCCCUUAGCCCUGCAGCCCUGCGGUUCCUCUCCCAGCUGCUGUCUUUCCAUAUUGACUCCAUCAAUGUGAUGGUGCUAAACCUAGCCCUGUCAGAGUCUUUAUGGUACAUGACCACCUCAAGUAUCGACUUACUGCUCGACCACCAGGGCAAAAGGUAUUAUACCUCCACACACUAA